GUGCCAAGGUGAAUGCAGCUAAGUUCCAUGAGACGGCUCUCCACCAUGCUGCCAGAGUAGAGAUGGUGGACAUGAUUGAGUUACUGGUGGACUUUGGAGGCAAUGUGUAUGUCACAGACAACGACAACAAAAAGCCCAUAGACUACACCAAGCCUGGCUCUCCCACUGAACAAUGCUUACAGUAUUAUGAAAGUACUCCUCUGAGUCUGCAGCAACUUAGCAGAGUGACUCUGAGGACGUUGCUGGGUACCAGAGCUCUGGAGGUUGUUGCUGGGUACCAGAGCUCUGGAGGUCAUAGGUCAACUGGACAUAUCUCAACGUACCAUCAGCUACAUUCUCUGAGACAUGAGGGGUGCUGAUGCCGCCUUAUGAACUGACUCAUGGAUGGAUUCCCAAAGGAAUAUCAGGAAAAGGAGAAAGCUUGAAUACUAAGCUGGGACACAUAUCAUCUUCAUAUGUUUUGUUUACUGUGGAACACACAUACAAAUUGAUGUGAUUUAUUACUGUGUUAUAAGCAGUAACAAAUUGUAAAAUACAUUUCAAGAAGGCCUGCUGCAAUUGUUCUAAUAUUCUAUAGAGAUGAAAGCUUGUUUUAGCAUGGUYAGGGAAAAUAAAGCCAAAYAAUGUCA